AUGCAUUCGAGUAAGGAUCAACUGCAAAUAUUACUUUCCCGUACCCCAAUCAUUGCAGAAGGUAGCCAACUCAUUCCUUGUUUGGCAAGGUACUUCGGCGAUAUGUAUGGAAAAAAUGUUUUUGAGGCUCUGUGUCAACCACCGCCACCACAGGUUUGUGUCUUUGAUCCUGUCGACGUGCCGAAAAUCCGUUGUACUUUCAGAUUGUAUACAUGGUCUACCUUCGAAGGGGCGUCCGUCGAUAAACUGCUGCUCACGUCAGAAGACUUGCAAUGGUCUUGCUGUUCACAUUCACAACUCAAAGAGGGUAUGAUUGUUGAGUUAGAGGUCAUCUUAAAACUGUGGACUAUCAAACCACGUAGAGACAACCCCAACCCCCACGAUGUCAAUGGUUCUUGUAUAUACCAGAUCAUGCUGCAACACAUGCAACUUCUGCCUUGCACUAAGUACACUCAGCCCGUUUUUGUGGACUCGCUCAAGGAUAGGAAGGGGAAAAGAAAGGCCGCGGACGAGACGACGGGGCAGUCGCCCACUAAAAAAGGUUCUUUUACUGGUGUACCUGACGAGGAUGAGUUGGAGUAUACUAUGGUCGAGUAG